CGCCCACAGGAACAAAGACGACACGGGCACACACAGUGACCGGCUCCUGGCCUCAGGAUGGCGUAUCCCCUGGGCAGGGACGUGUGAUGCUCACAGAUGACCACAGCCAUGUGGUUCUUCGUUGGGAUCACUGGAUUGCUGGCGACCACCCUCACAGGUCUCCCGUCUCCAGCCCCGGCUGGCGAGCACAAUACCAGCUGGGCUGAGAACAGGGCCCUGAAGCUAGGAAAGCUGGGGGAGCCGGGGGUCCGCCUGGUGAACGGGAGCAGCAGCUGCAGCGGGAGAGUGGAAGUCCAAGUCGGGGGCGCCUGGGAGCCGGCCUGUGGGGCGCUCUGGAACCGCCAGGCCGCUCAGGCUGUGUGCCAGGCCCUAGGCUGCGGCAUGGCAGAGACCCCUGUCCAGCCAGGGUGGCCCACCCCGGAGCUGCAGCCCAUGCCCACCACGGAGAACACCAGCAGGGUCCUGAACACCACAGGGCCGCUGGCACCUGCCAUCGUGUGCACCGGAGGCGACUGGCAGCUGUGUGAGGUCCUAGGCCAGCACCAGGAGUGCAGUAGCGAAGGGAGGCCCGCCUGGGUCACCUGCACGGAAAACCGGGCGCUGCGCUUGGUGGACGGCGGCAGCCGCUGUGCUGGCCGGGUAGAGAUGCUGGAGCACGGCCGGUGGGGCACCGUGUGCGACGACACGUGGGACCUGGAGGAUGCCAACGUCGUGUGCCAGCAGCUUAAGUGCGGCUCGGCCAUCGAGGCCCUGCCUGGCUUGCACUUCGCCCCCGGCCAAGGCCCCAUCCACCGCGACCAGGUGAACUGCAGUGGGGCCGAGGCCCACCUGUGGGACUGCCCCGGGCUGUCGGGAGACCUGUACUGCGGGCACAAGGAGGACGCCGGCGUGGUGUGUUCAGAGCAUCAGUCCUGGCGCCUGACUGGGGGCAUCGACCCCUGUGAGGGACAGGUGGAGGUGUUCUUCCGAAGGGUCUGGAGCACUGUAUGUGACAGCGAGUGGUACCAACCAGGGGCCCAAGUGCUCUGCCGGUCUUUGGGCUGCGGGAAUGUGGUAAACCGGCCCAAGGGGCAGCCCCACAGCCUGGAGGGAAAGAUGUUCUACUCAUGUACAGGAAAAGAGCCUACCCUCUCCGAAUGCUCCUGGUGGUUUAACAACUCCAACCUCUGCAGCCAGUCACUGGCAGCCAGGGUCCUCUGCUCAGGCUCUCAGAAACUACAGCAUGUGUCUACUUCUGAAAGCUCCGCAAGUGUUCCAACAGUCACUGUAGAAUCCUCUGUGACAAUGAACAUGGAGGACAGAGACUCUCGGGAGCUAGUGCUUCUCAUCUCCUGCAUCAUUCUGGGAGUGCUCCUCCUUGGCUCAGUCACUUGCAUAGUCAUCCUCCUCUUGAAAGUCAAAGGAAAAUAUGCACUCCCUGCAACCAGGAACCACCAGCAGCCUCCCUCCUCCACCUCAGCGGGGGUCAAUAGUUACCAAGCUGUCCCCAUCACCAUCACCAUGCCCAAAGAUGAAGUUCCCAAGCUGCCCAUCCAGGUCCGGGACCCAUGCCCAGAGGACUUCGACUCCAGCUCUGAUUCAGAUUAUGAGCAUUAUGACUUCAGCGCCCAGCCUCUGGCCCUGACCACCUUCCACAAUUCACAGCGUCACCGGGUGACGGAGGCCGAAGCCCGGCAGAGCAGGUUCCAGAUGCCGCCCUUGGAGGAAGGACUUGAAGAGCUACAUGUUUCCCACCCACCAGCUGUGGACCCCAGACCUUACAUCUCAAGCGCCCCCUCUGUGGGCCCUGAGCAUUGUGCACGAAGCAAUAGUGGGUCCAGCACAUCUUCUGGGGAGAAUUACUGCAACAGCCCCAGCAGCAAGCCGCCUCCGUGGAAUUCCCAGAUGUUUUCUUCAGAGAAGAAACAGUCCCCUAAUUUGGAGCUAGCAGGCUCUCGGGCCACUUUUUCAGGGCCCUCGGCUGACGAUACUUCCAGCACCUCGUCGGGAGAAUGGUACCAGAACUUUCAGCAACCACCCCAGCCUCCUCUGGUGGAACAAUUGGAGCAUCCAGGGUCCCUCACAACCCAGCCAGACUCCAGUGAUGAGAGCGACUAUGAUGACAUUGGAGCUGCCUAGUCUGGAUCCAUCAAGGCGACUGGUGGCUCCAUCCCUCUCUCCUCCUGCUCUCCCUUCCUCCUCCCUUCCCCUCCUUUCCCAUGGGCCAAGGCCUCCCACAGAGAGAUGAACACCGACUGGCACAAGCCAGAACAACAGCCCAGGAUGGAGGGCGGAGACCGAGUGCGAGCUCUGUGUCAAUCAACAGCUGUGGAGCGUCUCAUUGGGUGAUCCUUGGGCACUGUGAUUCCAAGUCUCAGGCAGCUACUGAGGGGCAGGAACAGCCCGUCUAGGCCCUAGGGGGCUGCUGGGUCCCCAUCACCUGGCCAUGUUGUACAGGACCUGGACUCCAGCCUCAAAUCAUACUGGUCGCUUUACACCUGGCAGGGGACAUGACCUUCCCGGGCUCUGACAGCUGCCAGCAAGUAGGAUGACCCAACCAAGGAUCGGGGUCUGAAGCCAGGACCUGCCACCAAGACCCUGGCCCUUUCUGCUAUCCCAAGACAGCAGCCUUAUUCUGAGCCAUCAUGGUUUACACAGACUGUCCAGUCCUCCCUCCAUGCCUCCUGAGUCAGAGGCCUGGUUGCUGUCUGGUACGGGUACCCAACUAUCUGCCAGGAAGGGCCAGAGGCUACACUAGGUCCUGGAGUCCCCAGAUGUCCCCAUGGGUUUCUGGGGAUGAUCUCUGGUGAAGACACCAUGUGGUACCUGUGAACCUGUCAUCUUGCAGCCUCCUUGAGGCCCCAGGCUUGAGCCAGGCCUCAUGGCCUGUUCUGAGUAUCCUGAGAUUAAACUGUUGCUGU